AUGAGCCGGUCUGCGCGGAGGAUGGGCGCAGGGCGCCGGCGGGAGAGGAGAGGGUGGCCCGGCGGGCGGCCGGGAGGCGGCGGCGGCGGCGCCGGGGCGCAGCGCUUCCUGCUCGGGCUCCUCAUGCACGCGUGGCUGUGGGCGGCCUCGGGCUCCUCCGCCCAGGUGUUCCACCUCAGCCUCUCCGUGGACGAGGGGCUUCCCCCGGACACCCUGGUCGGCGACAUCCGCGCCGGGCUGCCGGCGGCGCAGCAACAGGAGGCGGGCGGCUUCUUUCUGUCCGAGGAUUCCCACGACUCCCCGCUGCUGGACGCCUUCCACGUGCACCCGGACACGGGCAUCAUCCGCACGGCCCGGAGCCUGGACCGCGAGCGGCGGGACCGCUACAGCUUCGUGGCCGCCACCCUGCUGGGCGCCGUGGUGCAGGUGGAAAUCCGCGUCAACGACGUCAACGACCACUCGCCCCGCUUUCCCCGGGACUCCCUGCGGCUGGACGUCUCUGAGCUCAGCCCUCCAGGCACGGCCUUCCGCCUGCCGGGUGCCCACGACCCGGACGCGGGGCUGUUCAGCAUUCAGGGCUACACUCUCCUGCAACCGUCCGACCUCCCCGAGGAGGACCCCGCAGGACCCUUCUUCCGGUUGCGCUACGGGACCCCCGGGUCACCGCCACCGUCGCCCCUGGAGCCCCUGGACCUGGUGCUGCUGCGGCGCUUGGACCGAGAGGCGGCCGCGGCGCACGAGCUGCAGAUCGAGGCGUGGGACGGGGGCCGCCCGCGGCGCACAGGCCGCCUGCGGGUGGAGCUGCGCGUGCUGGACGAGAACGACAACCCCCCGGUGUUUGAGCAGGACGAGUACCGCGCCGCCGUGCGCGAGGAUGCUCGGCCGGGCGCCGAGGUCUGCCGCGUGCGCGCCACGGACCGGGACCUGGGGCGCAACGGCCACGUGCGCUACCGCCUCCGCUCCCGCCAGGCGCCCGGGCCGCCGGGGGACUCAGCCCACUUCUCCGUGGACCCGCUGAGCGGCGCGGUGCGAGUGCAGAGGCCGCUGGAUCGCGAGGCCCAGGCCUGGCACCAGCUGGUUGUAGAGGCCCGCGAUGGGGGUGUGGAGCCCGAGGUGGCCUCGGUGCGGGUGUCCAUCGCUGUGCUGGACGUGAAUGACAACCGCCCCACCAUUCACCUGCUCUUCCUCACCGAGGGGGGCGCAGCGCGAGUCUCCGAAGGCGCCAGGCCUGGCGACUAUGUGGCUCGAGUGUCGGUUUCCGAUGCGGACAACGGUGACCCAGAGAAGGAGGAGGAGGCAGCUGGGGAGCUUGAUCUGAGCCCUGGGGACAGGACCAUCUCUCUGACCUUGGAAGGCACAGAGGGGGCCUUCGCGCUGAGGUCUGGCGGCUCCCCAGGGGUGUUUUUCCUUUGCGUCGAGGGCCCCCUGGACAGGGAAAGCCAAGACCUGUAUGAUUUGCGGCUGGUAGCCACCGAUGCGGGGUCUCCGCCGCUGAGCACGGAGGAGACACUGCUGCUCCGGAUCUCCGACCUCAACGAUCAGCCGCCCCUCUUCAGCCAGGAGCAGUACCAGGCCUCAGUGUCCGAGGCUGCGGCCCCUGGCACCGCCGUCCUGUGGGUGAGCGCCUCCGACGCGGACGAGGCUGGCACCCGCCACGCCAUGCUGCGCUAUGAGCUGGUCCACCUCCCCGGGCGCUGCAGCCCAGAGGCUCAGCGGCCCACGGCGGCGGAGUGCGGACCAUCCUUCACCAUAGACCCAGACACCGGCCUGAUCAGCACUAUCCGGGGUCUGGACCGAGAAGUUCAGGAGGCUGUCGAGCUGCGAGUGGUGGCCCGAGACCUGGGAGAGCCUCCGCUGUCCGCCACCUGCCUGGUGAGCAUCACCGUGAGUGAUGUGAACGACAACGAGCCCAUUUUCUGGAGGCAGGUGUAUAACGCCAGCCUUCUGGAGCACACCCAGGUGGGACACUGCUUUCUGCAGGUAAAAGCAUCUGAUGCGGAUUCAGGACUCUAUGGCUUGGUUGAAUAUUCUCUUUUUGACGGAUUCCAAAGUUACGAAGCACCCCGAGCCUUCCAGAUUGACUCACAUGAUGGGCAGAUCUGUGUUUCUCAAGAUAUUGACAGGGAAAGGGACCCAGCCACCUAUGAUCUCUUGGUGAAAGCAAGAGAUGGGGGUGGACUAAGCGCUCAAGCUUUUGUUCGUGUGGAUGUGGAGGACGUGAAUGAUAAUGAACCUGUGUUCAGCCCGCCCACCUAUGUGCUGAGCAUUAGUGGCCAGACCCAGCCGGGAACCGAGAUCAUCAAUGUUCUUGCCACCGACAGGGAUUCUGGGGUCUAUGGAACAGUGGCUUACAAGCUCCUCCCCAGUGACCUGUCCUCCCUUUUUACCAUCGACUCUACCACAGGAAUUAUUUACUUAACAUCAACUCUUGUUCCUUUGGAAUCUACUACAAUUCUGUUGAUGGUCUGUGCUCAAGAUGGUGGCGGGCUCACCUCGGUAGUUAAUGCCGAAGUCACUAUACACAUUCUUCAGACAACUCUGGCACCGGCUGAAUUUGAAAGGCCUAAGUACACUUUCUCAGUUUAUGAAGAUGUACCCGAAGACAGUCCUGUCGGAAUAGUGAAAGCAAAAGAGUCCUUGAAUUCCUCAGAGCCAAUUUUUUACAGGAUCUCCUCUGGUGAUCUGCAGGGAAUGUUCACUAUCCACCCGUGGCUGGGCACCAUUCGAACCCGGAAGCCUCUGGACCACGAAACGCAGCCCACAGUGGUGCUCACGGUCCAGGCGCAGCUCGGCAGCUCCCCCGCCUGCGGCAGCACGGAGGUCAACAUAACUGUGAUCGAUGUCAACGACAACCACCCAGUGUUCGCCAAAGCCUCCGACGAGGUCAAAGUGCCGCAGAUCACACUGCCCGGCACAGCCCUGUACCGUGUGCGUGCAGAAGACAAGGACAGUGGUUGGAAUGGGUUCAUCCGAUACUCCAUUGUGAGUCAGAAUCCAGGCAUCUUUUCCAUUGACUCGGGGCUGGGCGUGGUGUACCUCAACGACAGCCUGGCAGAUGCUUUGGCCCAGAAGCACACACUCACUCUCAUGGCCCAGGAUCUCGGCGUUCCUUCUCGAGCAUCCUCGUUCCUGCUUACAAUAGUUAUCGAAAAACAAGAAUUGAACCCAUCCUUGAUUUUUGGAAAUUUGGUCUAUCAAGUCGAAGUUAGUGAGUCUCUCUCACCGAUGACCCAAAUACUGCAGGUACAGGCCUACGCGCGUGGCCCACAGCACAAAACCUCCCCGCUUCUCUACUCGCUGGAACCCCGCGCAGACUUGGCUGUGUUCGCUGUUCACCCUUACACUGGUUGGAUUUAUUUGCGGCGACAGCUUGACUAUGAAUCCACCCAAACAUAUCAUUUUAGAGUGUUUGCCUGGAUCCCAGAGGACGGAUUGUCACAAAAUGUGAGCACUUCAGUAAUUGUUCAUGUCCUGGAUGAGAAUGACAAUUCCCCUACCUUCUUGCAUGAUAUGUUGUUUUUGAAAGCGGAGGAGAGCCCCCUACCCCAAGGGGUAAUAGGCAGAAUUACAGCAAUUGACAGAGACUCGGGAAAGAACGGACAGCUGUCAUAUUUCCUUCUGUCUGAUGGAAAAUUCUUCAAGAUGAAUCCUCAUACAGGUGAACUGAUCAGUUGGGUGGCGCUGGAUCAUGAGCAUCAGGUGCACCAUCAGGUGACUGUCCUGGUGACCGACCAUGGCUCCCCACCGCGGAACGCCAGCAUGGUGGUUUAUGUUGCCGUUACUGACAUCAAUGAUAACAGGCCAUACUUCCCGCAGUGUCUCCCUGGAAAGGAAUUACACAUUAAGGUUUUGGAAGGUCAACCAGUAAAUAUGUUGGUGACAACUGUGUUUGCAAAGGAUUCUGAUGAAGGAAACAAUGCAGAAGUUAUAUAUUCAGUAUCUUCAGAAGAUAGAUCUGAUCCCUUCAAGAUUGAUGCCAACAGUGGUGAGAUAAGGACAACUACGGUGCUUUUGUAUGAUUAUAGACCUUCCUACAGAAUGACUGUAAUCGCCAGUGACCAGGGAGUGCCGCCUCUUCAAGGACGGGCCGUUAUUAACAUUCAGGUGAUACCACUAUCCAAAGGGAGAGCUGCCAUUUCUCAGAAUAUUAGACAUUUAGUUAUACCAGAAAACUUGAAGCCUGCAAAAAUAAUGAGCUUGAUAAAGUCACCUGAUCACUUUCAACAACACCAUAAUGGAAAGCUACAUUUUAGUAUCGCUGCAGAUGAUAAGGAUGGCCCCUUUGAAAUCGACAGCUCCACAGGGGACUUGUUCCUUUCUAAGGGACUUGAUUAUGAAAUGACAUCACAUUAUCUUUUCAGGGUGGUUACUAAAGAUCACAGUAAAACUCCUCCCUUGCAUAGCACAGUCUUCCUUAGCAUUGAUGUGGAAGACCAGAAUGACCAUUCCCCAUCUUUCCAAGAAGAGUUCAUUGUGAUAAGCGUAGAAGAGAAUGUCCCUGUAGGAACUCUGGUACACGUCUUCAAUGCCAAAGAUGGAGAUGGCAGCUUUUUGAACAGUAGAAUACAAUACUUCAUUGAAUCCCACCACCCUGGAAUCAAUCCAUUUCUCAUCCACCCCUCAUCUGGCACAUUGGUCACUGCAUCCCCCCUUGACAGAGAGAGAGUUCCUGCUGUGGUCCUGACAGUGACUGCAUCCGAUCAGGCUGUGAAUGUGACAGACCGGCGACUGAGGUCACUGAUGGCCAACGUAGUGAUUUUGGAUGUAAAUGACCACAGCCCCACUUUUCUGUCUUUCUCCAUCGCUCAUGUCAAAGAGGAUGCCGCAGUGGGCUCCUGGGUGCACCACGUAACUGCUCACGACCCAGAUGAAGGAAGGAAUGGAAGAGUAACAUACAGCCUUCUUUCAGGAAAUGAAAACAUGGCCUUUAGGCUAGAUGAGUCAUCAGGCUUACUAACUACAACGUGUUCUUUGGAUUAUGAAACGAAAACCCAGCAUGUUCUGACCCUUUUGGCCGUGGAUGAUGGUGUCCCAACACUUUCUUCAUCCCAGACCUUGACAAUUUCUGUUCUUGACGUAAAUGAUGAGGCACCAGUAUUUAAGCAGCACCUAUAUGAAGCUUCAGUUAAAGAAAACAAAAAUCCAGGGGAGUUUGUCACACGAGUUGAAGCUAUGGACAGAGAUUCAGGAAUAAAUUCCAAACUUCAGUAUGAAAUCAUGCCGGGUUCAUCGUCUGGGCUGUUCGAGAUAAAUGCUGACUCUGGAGAGGUAGUGACAGCCACUACACUUGACAGAGAAGUUCAGGAAGUCCUCACCCUCCGAGUUCUUGUUCGAGAUGAAGGAGUCCCUUCAUUGUCCAGCACCACCACCAUUCUCUGUACUGUGGAAGAUGAAAAUGACCAUGCUCCGAAGAUCAUUGUCCCCGCUCAUGACAUAGAGGUUCUGGAAAACCAAGAACCAGGGGUGGUCUACACUCUUCUGGCCUUUGAUAUGGAUACUGGCAAUAAUGGAGCUGUCAAGUAUUAUAUAAUUGAUGGAAAUACUGAUGAGUACUUUUCUAUUAAUGAAACGUCAGGAGAACUCUCAAACACUCGUGCUUUGGACCGAGAGCAAGUCAACAAUUUUGCCCUUGUCAUCCUGUGCUCUGAUCUGGGGGACCCCCCGAGGAGCUCUCUGGUGCAGUUGCAAGUUAGAGUCUUGGAUGACAAUGACCACAGCCCUUCCUUUCCCAUGCUUCAGUACCAGUCCUUCGUGAGAGAAGAUGCUGACGUAGGAACAGUGGUUCUUGUGCUGUCCGCUGUGGACAAGGAUGAAGGCCUGAAUGGGCAAACUGAGUAUUUCCUGACAGAUGAGGCUGCUGAUGCCUUCACCAUCGAUCCCGUGGCAGGCACUUUGAGAACUGGCUACGCCCUUGACCGAGAAGCCAGAUCUCAACAUACAUUUUGGGCUGUGGCCAGAGACUGUAGUGUCCAGGGCUCAAGAAGCACUACAGUAAUGAUAAAAGUGCAUGUCACUGAUGUUAAUGACAAUGAUCCAGUUUGGGAACAGAACCCCUUAGAUAUUUUUCUUUCCCCUCAGUCACCUGUAAACCAGACAACUGCCAUUCUGAGAGCCAAUGAUCCAGACUUGGGGCCCAAUGGAACUGUCAUUUUUAGUUUCGCAGAGGCCCAGUCAAUGUUUUCUAUUAAUAAGUAUACAGGAGAGAUUCAACUUCAGCAAAAUCCAUCUUCAGAAUAUUUUCCGAUCUGGCUGCGGCUUAAAGUUAUGGACCAAGGGGUCCCAGCUAGAACAACCGGUGGACUCUUGAUCGUUCACAUGGAAGGAGAGGAUGUAAAGUUGUCCUUCAGCCACCAUCUGUAUAAAGGGAUUGUGACUGAAAAUUGUGAGGCAGGUACUUCUAUCGUGACUGUAAAAGCCUUUGCUUCUGAGUCAAUCCAAGAUAGCAUUAAAUACUCAAUUUUUAGUGGAAAUGAAGAUGGAAUUUUUUCCCUGUGCUCCAACUCAGGAGACCUCACUGUGAAAGAACCCAAGUUUCUUGAUUUUGAAGUCAGAAAUGAAGUACAACUCAUCGUUUUAGCUGAAAGCACUGGGCAUAGAGCCUACAGCAAAGUAGUCAUCUUGAUACAAGAUGUGAAUGAUAAUUUCCCACGCUUUGGGCAAAGUAUUUACCAAGUAUCAGUGCCUGAAGGCCAGUUUCACAAUGCUCCUAUCUUACAGGUUUUUGCUGCUGACCUGGACAGCGGGUCACGUGGCCUCAUUGAGUAUUCCCUUCUUGCUGGCACGCACGCACAGGUGUUCCAGAUUGACACGCAGAGCGGCGUGAUAAUAGCAAAUGGGAUUCUGGAUUACGAGUUCACCAGCUCCUACAGCUUGAUUGUACAAGCCACAGAUAAAGGAAUGCCCAGGCUUACGGGUACAAGUAUGGUCAAGAUACAAGUGACUGAUGUAAAUGACAAUGCCCCGGCUUUUCUCCCCCUUCAACCAGUGGAAAUUGCAGAAAAUUCUUUGCCUGGUGUAAUUGUGACUCGAAUAUCAGUUCAUGAUGUGGAUUUGAAUCCAGCUUUCGUCUUCAGUUUCACCAAAGAGAGUAAUCCUGGAACAAAGUUUGCUAUUGAUCAGUACACUGGGGAGGUGGUGCUAAUGAAAGCAUUGAAUUUUGAAGAAGCUGCUGAAUAUGAGCUGCUUAUCCAAAUUUCUGAUUCGGUGCACCACACUGAGGGAGCACUCAUUGUCCAUGUGUUGGACAUCAAUGAUAACCCGCCAGUGUUUUCUCAAGAUUCUUACCAGAUCACUAUUCCAGAAUUGGUGCCUGUGGGGUACUCUGUGCUGACUGUGGCAGCCACAGACCCAGAGAACAAUGAGUACAUUUCUUACCGAAUUAUUUCCUCUUCCUCAGAAUUCUCCAUUGAUCCUAGGAAUGGCAUGAUAUUUACGACCAAACCCAUAGUACUUCUGGAUAAAAAAUCAACAGUUCAAUUUCUUGUUGAAGCCAGUGAUGGUGGAAUUCCUAACCUGAGGGCUCUUACCUUAGUGGAGAUAGAAAUACAAGAUAUUAACAAUCAUCCCCCUGUGUUUGCCAUAGAAUAUUACAAUAUUAGCUUGAGUGAAGAUGCUCAAAUUGGAAGUACGCUUGUCACCUUCUCAACCACUGACCAAGACUGGGCCCCUGAAAACACACAUGUUGAAUAUUCCAUCAUCAGUGGAAAUUCACAGAACAAUUUCGACGUGGAAACUCGUUUCCUUCAUUCACAAUAUCCUUUUAAGCAGGUUGGUUAUUUGGUGUUGCUUCAUAAUCUGGACAGAGAAGCAUCUGCCAGUCACAAGCUUGUCAUUCUGGCAUCUGACCACGGCUGCCCUCCACUGACUUCCACCACCAUGGUGUCCAUAGAAGUGCUCGAUGUCAAUGAUAAUCCACCUAUAUUCCACAGUCUGACAUACCACGCACAUGUCAAGGAAAGUACCCCUCUGGGGAGUCACAUCACCGUGGUGUCAGCCAGUGACCGCGAUGUGGGUUUACAUGCAGAAAUCAUCUACCACAUAAGCUCUGGGAACGAGAAGGGGCAUUUUUGCUUAGAAGAGAGGACUGGAGUCCUUUAUUUGACUAAGCCUUUGGAUUAUGAAGAAACGAUAAAAUUCACUUUAACCAUCCAAGCUUCAGAUGAAGAAAAGAAACAUUUUUCUUUUGCAGUUGUGUUUGUCAGUAUCCUAGAUGAUAAUGAUCAUGAACCUCUGUUUCUGUUCCCAAGGUUGAACUGUGUUGUUCCUGAAAAUCUGCCUGUGUUCUCCACCAUAUGUUCUGUAAAUGCUUUGGAUUUUGACGCAGGUCCUUAUGGAGAAUUGACCUAUUCUAUUUUAUCCCCUUGUCCUGCCACUCAUGGAGCACCUCCUGACCAUGAUCCCUUCCUCAUUGACCCUCUGACAGGGGAUAUUCAUGCUAAGCAAGUCCUUGACUAUGAAAAUGACAAUAAAUACUGCCUCAUGGUUGAGGCUAAAGACAAAGGUGACUCCACAGCCUCCUUAAUGGUUUGGGUCGAGAUUGAAGGGAUAGAUGAGUUUGAACCCAUUUUCACUCAAGAUCAAUAUUUUUUCAACCUUCCAGAAAACUAUAACCUAAGACAAUUGAUUGGCAGAGUGGAAGCAUCAGAUGCAGACGCUGGUACUGAUGGUGUUAUUCUUUACUCCCUUGAAAUGCCAUCUCCUUUCUUUUCAGUAAAUAAAACAAAUGGAAAUAUUUAUUUGACUAGAGCCCUUCCCCUCAUAAGAAGUCAAGUCAGCAAAGAAGACACCAUUGAAAUGAAAAUAAUCGCUCAUAGCCCUAAACAGGACUCCAAGUUCGCAUCUUGUACUGUCUUUGUGAACGUGUCUUUUUCCUCAGAAGGAAAACGCUCAGCAGUGUCGGCUAGCCGCUUCUCAAUCAGCCUCACCAUCUCCUUUUUAGCGUUUCUGUUACUCAUCAUCCUUCUGACUAUCCUGAUUUUAAGACACAAACAAAAAGACACAGGCAACAGUUACAAAGACAAGAAAACGUCAUCAUCCUUAGAUACCAGUUUGAGACUGUCCAGGGACGCCAGCAUGCUCAAGCCCUUGCAGACAACGGAUGGCUGCAAUGAUGCGGCAGCUCCCGUGGACUCCACGCCAGAAUGGUUGAGUUUAAUAAGUAUCAUGGAGAAGGACGCUGGGCAUCUGUACAGGCGCUCAAGCUCCAGUGACCGCUGUUCUGUGGAAGGAGAAACCGCAGAAGAUAAGGAGAUCCAGAGGAUAAAUGAGCACCCUUACAGAAAGGACGCUGGCUCAGCUCUGAGCGACCGGGAGUCCAGGGUGCCGGACUCUGGGAUCCCAAGGGACUCGGACCAGCUCUCCUGCUUGUCUGGGGAAACUGACGUGGUGGUCACUGUUGUGACAGCAGAAACCAGCCACGUGCUGGAGGAAGAAGGUGGAGGAGACGGUGGCACAGCCUACAUUCAAAAUGAUAUGCUGCCCCGAACACUAAGGAAGAGAGAGGUCAAAGUGGCCAUCCCGGCUGAGGUCAGGAAAGAGCCUGUCUUUGUUUCAGGUGAUCCGGAAGCAAGAUGCGCGACACAGAGAGCCUCUGAUCACGAUGGGAGAGGCAGCUUUCACUGGAAUUAUCUCCUCAGUUGGGAACCCAAGUUCCAACCCCUUGCCUCAGUAUUUAAUGAUAUUGCAAAACUAAAGGACGAGCAUUUACACGAACCUGGAACUCCCGAAGAGAAGAAAUGUUUUGUUUUUCCACCCCCUUUGAUCACCGCAGUAGCUCAACCCGGAAUUAAAGCAGUGCCACCAAGAAUGCCAGCCAUGACCCCAGGGCAGGUUUUUCACAAAUACCCACACUCCCCCCUUCUCUACCAUCUCAAUUCCCUGCCUGAAGCCAUGACGCCCAGCUUUUCUCCAUCUCUUUCCCUCUUGACAACACACACCCCUGCCGUGACUCCACUCUUGUCGCAUGGAGAUUUCUUAGGAGUACAUCUAAGUGAUGCGUGCCAUGAACUUAAGGCAGAAGAUGAACGUCAGACAUAA